UCCGUCAAGUCGGCGGAAGUCAAACUCGCUUGCCUGAAAGAAGCUAUGAUUCCGAACGCGGCAAAGAAAUUGGGAGCCCAAGACCCGUUGUUGCAGUGUGCUUUCAAGCCCAAAGAAAUUUGGGAUAAUGAACAUGUGGCAGAAGGGUGAGGUCAAAGGCCAGAAACUGAAGCCGGCAGCGAAGAGCAUCCUGAAAUCGGAUCAGGAUUUGGAAUCGAGCGAGUCGGAGGGCGGAAAGAAAAGCCAGCGUGGGAAGAGGCUUCAAAGGGCAGCUGCGAAGGAGCAAGAGAUGACGCUUUUGCACCCUCGGGUGCAAAUGCAGAGUAGCAAAGUCCUCAUGGUCGCCGACGACAUGCCCGAACAACAUUGGAUGGCCAUGGGUAGUAUGGCUCCAGAGCACGCCGUUCCUAUCCUCCUUGAGGUCAUUGCGAAGCAGAUCUCGCUCAAGGAGAUGGAGAAGAAGUUCCAGCUUGUCAAGCAAGUCGCGUACGUCUGCAAGGCCUUCGCAGUGGGAGUGGGUUGUGCUGACUUCAAGGAGGCCGAGAAACAGUAUCCGCUCCACACGAAGAAAGACAUGUUGGAAAAGUUCGUCGAUGGCGUCAGGAGGGGUCAGAAGAGUAUCCCCGCACUCGAUGGCCAUGUUAAAAGGGCUUUGGACUGGAAGAGUAAGGAGAGGAGACUGCAAGCAAAGGAGGCUCUUCACGCGUUCCGUUCCGCACCUCUCACGGAGCCCUUCGUCGACUGGACGGAGGUGAAACAUGAGAACGACGCAACGGAGGUAAAGAUUAUCAACGGCGACAUGCGCCUGCUGUCUAAGCUGCAGACGGAGAAGCUGUCGAUAUCUCUGGCGAUUUUCGACUUCCCCUACGGCUUCGCGCACGAGGGACAUGCGCCUGAUCGUGAGCCGUUUCCCGAGUCGGACGUUCUGGAGGUUCUUCAAAAUCUGAAGGACGUGUCUAGUGCCCCAUUGUGGACAGUUGCGGGAUUCUGUUCAGUGGACACGCUUCCUUCCAUUCGCUCCGCGUUCAGAGAAGUUUGCAAUGCAGGGCAGGAGCUUUCGACGUGGUGCAAGCCCAAUGUGACGAAUCCCGGUGGGCCCCGGCUUGUGAGUGCGACGGAAUUCUGCGUGUUGGGCUACUACAGCCAGACAGGGCAGCGCGAGAUGGCGCAUUACAACUUUGACCCUACAGAUCCGCGUCACAAUUUCCAGCUCUUUAAUGCUGUGACGCAGAAGUACCAGCACCCCGGCGGCGGUGUCCUCUGCCCGUAUCAGAAGCCGUACAAUUUGUACUCCUGGCUGGUCAACAAAUUUUCUCCUACGGGGCCCUGCAUUCUGGACGGUUUCUCUGGUUCCAGGACUGGCGCCAUUGCGUGUGUGAAGGCGAAUUCAAAUUGUCUGGUGUUGGAGAUAAACACGAAAUGCGCCAAGAGAAUCGCGACGAGGCUUUUGACAGACAUCGACGACACACUCGCGCGUGAAACGCCAAAGAGGAUCCUCAAGCAGAAGGCAUCACAAAACAGCUCACUUGCGAAGUCUGCCGAAAAUGAGCUUGGCGUCGACGGAGACACGGACACUGCUGCUGGAGUGAUGCAGACCGUCGGGGAGGCCGCACUGGCUGUUGACGGGCCAUCUACUGAGCCUGUUGAACAUGCUUCAGGGCCAUCUGCUGAGCCUGUUGAACAUGUUUCCGGGCCAUCUGCUGAGCCUGUUGAGUAGCCACCUCUUUCUCGUGAGCCUGCUUCCGUGCCUGUUCCUGGCGUUGUUCUCGACGCUGGACCCGAGGCUGAGACGCAACAUACGGUCGGGGCUGUCCCGGCUUCUACAAAUG